AUGUCUAGCAGCAGCAGCAUGGCUGACGUUAAGAAGGAGUGGGGCAAGGGGUGGAACAAGAUUGUGGAAGCUCAGCAGGCCCUGGCCAAGAAGCGCCCUGCCUUGAUUCACCUGCGGGGCCCACAUGAUGCGAUCAUCUCGCGCACCAUCCCACUGGCGCUCUCUGCUGUGGGCAUUGGGCUGAGCCUCCGGGGCGUCUUCAACAUGAUACUGGGACGAGAGGGCGACAUGAUCACGUCAAAGGUCAUCCCGCUGGCGCUGACCGCUGUGAGCACCGUCCUGUUGGUGCCCGGCCUCUUCAGGAUGUAUCUGGGACUCCACGACUGA